GUUAAAAACAACGGGGGUGGGUUUGCAGUAUCAGGACGAGGCUGUCAAGAGCGUCUCUGCUUCAACUUCACGGGAAGAUCUGAGGAAACGCCAGAGAAAAGAGGAAAAACUAUCUGAGGAGAGUUUCUGAGGAGUCUCUAGGACAAGAACAUUUUUUUCAAGUCUAUUGUCACCUCUUUUUGGUUCCACCACCAGUUCUACCGCCAAGGAGUCUAAACCUGUUUAUGGACAGAGCAGGAAGCAGAGAGCUUCUCCACUUCAGCUGACAAGAAGCAUCACCAGAGGAAACCAGAACAAUGAGUUACAGAGACAUCGGGUGGGUUAGACGCUAUGAAGGAGGUGCGUCACACCAAAUGGCCCAGUAUGAUUCUGGUAGUAUGGAGCAAUACAAACCAAUGAUCCAACGCGUGGGAAACAGUAAUGGAGUCGAUCCAGCUCUUAUCGCUGGCAUCAUCUCCAGAGAGUCCAGUGCCGGAGUAACUCUGCAGAAUGGCUGGGGGGACCAUGGAAAAGCCUGGGGGCUGAUGCAGGUUGACGUGCAUCCACAAGGAGGUAACCACACCAGACGGGGGGACUGGAACAGUGAGGAGCAUCUCAACCAAGCCACAGGAAUCCUUGUUGAUUCCAUGAAAUCCAUCCAGCAGAAAUUCCCCACUUGGGACAGGGAGCUGCAGCUGAGAGGAGGGUUAGUGGCCUACAACAAGGGGCCUGAUAAGGUCACAUCAGAGAUCAAAGAUGACGUGGAUGCCCCAUCAACACAUGGAAACUACUCCAAAGAUGUUGUUGCCAGGGCUCAGUGGUACAAAAGAAAUGUAUAUAAAGGGAUAAAAAAGUAAAGAUGGGAAUGAAAAAGAAACCAUUUGUGUACCGUAAAGUUGGUGAUGAAUAAAUUACAUUCCAAGCAAGCUUAGAAA